AGCGUCGUGUGUUCAAGUAGAAGAAGAUGUGACAGAAGAAGAAAACUGUAGUUUAUUGCUAAACGUAAAUAGUCGAUUUAGGGUGGUUAAACGUUCUCGAUCGCAUGUGCUUGUGAUUGCAUGUUAUGUGGAGAGCCACUUGGGUCGAAGAGAACCAGCUCGCCGGCGCAGCAUGAUUGACGAAAAUUAAUAUUCAGUCGCCAUGGCGGACGACGGUCGCCGCGGGGAGGAGGACGAACGCGGCCCCGGAGCAAUUCACCAAGUGUUUGUGCUCAUGGAGGCUUUACUGGAGAAGCUAAAGGUGUUGAACUACGAAGAGGAGCUUCUGUCCAAACACAACAUGAAGACUCUCUCCAGACAUUACUUUGUGUCCAGUCCUUACUUGGCGUCCAACCCGGGUGAGCAGUUCUACAUGUUCACCAUCAUGGCAGCAUGGCUCAUCAACGCGUGCGGGAGGAGCUUCUCCAAACCUCAAGAAGACGACGAGCCCACUGCCACCGUAUCCAACAUCCUGGCGGAGCUUCGAGCUUUUCAGGGGCUGAAGGUGGACUUCCCACCCUCCAAACUGAAAUCGGGUUCAGGCGAGCAUGUGUGUUUCGUGUUGGACAGACUGGCUGACGAGGCCCUCAAGAGGCGGGGCUUUUCAUUUAAAAGGCCAAACUACCCGACUGAGAGCACAGAAGAAGAGUCUGUGAUGGAGGACGAUGCGGAGUUGACUCUCAACAAAGUGGAGGAGUUCCUGGAGGAGCCUGAUGAAGAUGAGGAGAACCUGGUGGACUUGGAGGCUCUGACACUUCAGAGCAGUCGCACGGAAGCGGCAGUGGCUGUUAAACCUGACAACAUCCUGCAGUCCACAGUGGACGUGGCCGCAUGGAACCUGGAGGUGGAACGAGUCUUGCCACUGCUCAAAGUCACCAUCAGAACAGACAACAAGGACUGGAGGAUCCAUGUGGACCAGAUGCACCAGCACCAGGAUGGGAUCCAGUUCUCACUCCAAGAGGCCAAGAGCUACUUGGACAAAGUUCAGGAGGAUAUCAGUAAGACACUGGAGAAGGUGUCCAGCCGAGAGAAAUACAUCAACAAGCAGUUGGAAGAUGUCAUCAGCGAGUACCGCAACGCUCAAGCCAAACUGAGUGAGGUUAAGGAGCGCUACCAGCUUGCCAGCAGGGCCGUGGCCCAGAGGACCCGGGUCCUGGCCGAGAUUAGUGAAGAGUUGGAAAAGGUGAAGCAGGAGAUGGAGGAGAGAGGCAGCAGCAUGUCUGAUGGAGCUGCGGUGGUGAAGAUUAAGCAGAGUGUGAGCAAGCUGAAGCAGGAGAUCGUGAGGAUGGACGUGAGGGUGGGCGUGGUGGAGCACAUGCUUCUGCAGGCCAAACUCAAGGAGAAGUCCAACAUGACCAUGGACCUGCAUGCCGCAAACAUGGCCGCCACGGCAGCCUUUGUCUGAGUCCACCUCUGAUACUUUUCCCCCAAAUCCGCCAUCCAGUCAGUUUCAACAAUCAAUCAGUACGUUUACAUGCACAAAAAAAUACCAGUCUCCACUGAGAAAUGUGGAAGAAAACGUCCAAUGUUUUCUUCCAGGAAAUAUCGCUGUGAUAAAAACUGCUUAAGGCACACAAGGCAUUAUGGUUGAUGGAACACAUCCAGCAACACCAUGCAAUCAUACUCAAGAUAUUUAUAUAUUUGUAUGAAAUACAUGUUCAGGCACUCAUUUGUGUCUAAAAUGUAGCACUUGCUGCCAUUUGCUGUGCCUGUUAUAAAUGAUUGUACUUACAUUAUACUUGUAAAUAGUAGAAUUAGAAUACAGUAGAUCAAUUGUAAGCCCCAUUCCUCAAUCUUUGCAAUGAAUACAGCAGAUGAAAACCACAAGAGCUGUAGUUUCAGCACAAUAUUUAUUCAUGUACUUUCUUACAUGUACUUGUACAUAUUUUUUUUAUAGUUGGUUCACUGUAUGUGCUUGUGUGCUCAUGCAUUUCCUCCAUGACUGUUCUAAAGACAGGCAAGAGAAAUCUAAACACAAGAUCAAAUUAACACAAGUGCAUUCAUAAAUGUAAAUGAUGUACACAAACACAAAGUCUUGUUAAGUAAUAUGAAUUGAGCAAAGUCAACCUUUCCACGAGGAAAGAUUUAAGACUUCACAUCCAAAGGCUGCAGACAUCAAACUGUCUGCUUGCACAAAUAAAUCAAUACUUAUAGAAAUUAUAGAAA